AUGAUUGUACGGAAGCUUUGUAUGCGGCAGAGCCGCCAGCUCCUUGCUCUGAGCCGACGAGCCCCGGUUUCGAGUCGCUUCCAGUCGACAUUGCCCGAAACACCAGUUGAGACGGUGCAAGCGCUUCCUAGAGAUGAGAUUUCUCGUCCUGAAAAUCCCCUUUUCGAGAUGGUGCAGGCACAAUCAGAGGCCAGCACUCCUGCACAGCAAGAAAUUACAUCAAACGCAUCGCAUAAAAGCAAAUUUAACAAACUCGGCACAACCGUGAAAGCCCUCUACGAUCCCGAAAAUGUCAUCCGCAACCCUCCCAAGCCAUCCCAAGUCUCGUUGGAAAUGCUGCUCGCAGCAGGAACCCACCUUGGCCACUCGACCUCGCGCUGGAACCCACAGAACUCGAGAUAUAUCUUUGGUAUCCGUGAAGGAGUGCAUGUUAUCUCGCUGGAUGUGACCGCCGCACACCUCCGACGUGCCGCCAAGGUGGUCGAAGAAGUCGCCGCACGCGGUGGUCUUAUCCUCUUCGCCGGUACACGCAAGGGCCAGAAGCGGGCCGUUGUCAAGGCUGCCUCGCUGGCCAAGGGUUACCACAUUUUCGAGCGGUGGAUCCCCGGUUCUCUAACGAACGGUGAGCAGAUUCUCGGCCACUGCGAGACUAAGGUUGUCAACGCAUUAGAUGAGGAAUUGCCUAAUUUCAAGGCCGAUCUUGCGGAUCGUCCUUCCCUCAAGCCUGAUUUGGUGGUUUGCCUCAACCCAUUGGAGAAUGUUGUUCUGCUGCAUGAGUGUGGAUUGAACAAUGUCCCCACCAUCGGUGUUAUUGAUACUGAUGCGGAUCCCACUCGUGUUACCUACCCUAUUCCCUCCAACGAUGAUAGUCUGCGGGCUACUUGUCUGAUUGCGGGUGUUCUGGGUCGGGCUGGUGAGGCUGGUCAACUGCGUCGGUUGAAGAUGGCGGAGGAGGGUCAGACUACUUACAAGCCUAUCACAGCUGCGGAGCUGCGUCUUGAUCCGUUCACGGGCCAACCUCCCGGUGGUGAAGGGCAGAAGAAGUAG